GUCCUCACAUUCAGAUGGGUCUGGAUGGGGUUGAAAUUUUCACGAACUCGUCUGCCAGCCACCACGAGCUCCGCAAAGCUGACCAGAGAGUCCGCCUGGUCAAAUCAGCCACCACACAGAGCGGAGGGAUCUACCUGUACGCCAACCAGAGGGGCUGCGAUGGCGACCGGGUCUACUACGACGGCUGCGCCAUGGUGGCCAUCAACGGAGACAUCGUGGCGCAGGGAGCACAGUUCUCGCUCAAUGAUGUG